AUCUCUCUAAGAGAUCUAGAAUUGGGAAGCUCUCGUGAUGGCCAAAUCUGAAGAGGGAUUGGGGCCAAAGUUUUCUCUUAGAAAGCAGAGAUAACGAUUGAACCAAAUUUUAAAGAAGAUCUUAUUCAAAAUUCUUUAGAGACGGUUCGAGAAGAAGUCGAUCUUUUUCCCAUGUUUUUCUUUUUUCAUGAGGAUUGGGAGGGCCUAGAAGAAACAAACAGUGAUUUCAAAGGUCGAGAGAUAGUAUCUCUAUGUGCUUGAAGAUUUUGGAUAACACACUUUUUUGUAGAAAAGAUCGGAUGGGAAGAAACGAUGAGACACAUAUCACCAAGGAGUUUCACCUACUUAUCUGAGGAUUCUGACAACUUUGAUAUUUGCUUUGGAUGCGAUAUUGAUUGUGGACAAAAUACACUCUUCACUAAUCCAGAUUUGAGAUGCUCUCUCGAUAACCAAAUCUGAAGUAGGUUCGGUGGCCUAGAUUUUAUUUGGGAUGACAGACAAAGCGACAUAACCAUAUUUCAAAUAAAAUCUUAAUUAUAUG